AACAAAAAAUAAAAUACAUAUUUAUGUACAUAGGAGACUCCAUUGAUGUCUAGAGUUAUUGGAUGUACGAUUAAAGGCAUAAUUUUCUUCACUCAAGGAUUUGUGCGAAAAAAGCCAAAAAAAAGAAGAGAUUUUCAGUUGAUUAAAAAAAUUUUAUUGUGUUCCGAGAAAAAGAAGAACGAUGUCUUCGAAUUUCACAAAGAAUUUAUCUUUUUAUUUGGAGCGAAUCAACUGUUCAGAAGAAAGAUGUACAACAAAGAACAAUUACCAGCUAAGAAGCAAUCAACCAUCAACAUCGCAUUGGCCUCAUAAUAACACCACAAACAAACUGAAGCAACACCGCACAAACAUGUUAAUCCACAAACUGCCCAUAAUCUUGUUAAUCCAUCAGCAAUUAUUCUUCUGUUCCAUUGGCUGGGCAUUAAGACCAACAGCCGCUACAAAACCAUCAUCAACACCUCCCUUGUCGCCAUUAGUUUCAUCCUCGGAGGCCACACUUCUGACAUCGAGUCUAUUACCAGCACCUUAUCAACAAUACAAAAAACGAAAAGCAAGUGAUUCCGAUGCAACCUCACAAUCGGAUGUAGAUUCAGCCCCUGGAGACACGGUCGCCACCUCCGCUGCCGCAGCCGCUGCAGCCGUUAAUAAGUCUUCAUCUUACUUCAAAAAUCCAAAGAACAAAAUUGUAUCCGUUACUACAAAUUGUACUCGAGAUGUAUUCGAGAUGCGUAUCGAAUUGAACAAGAAGUUUCGUGGUCUUUUGUACGCUAAAGAUUUUCCCCUAGAAUGCCGGGCAAGGGGGGCACAGCACUCGAACGUGACUCUCAAGUUGCCCACAUCGGGCUGUGGAGUGCGGUCGGAGUCAAAAGCGGACGGUAGCUUAGAAAUGUCUGUGAAGGUUAUGCUGCAAAUAGAUGAUAAGUUACGACAGAGUUUGGAUAUUCUUAAAAGAGUCAGGUGUGUCUUGCCAAAGAAUGCUUUAGGGAUGAAUGUUGUCAACGGAACAAUAAAAGGAAUAAGAAAUAGCCGAAUGAAAACGAUGGAUGAGACACCCCCAUCGACACCUCGUGUUCGUAUUUGGUUGGAACUAGGGGGACCUGACGGUUCUGGGGCAGUAGAAGUGGGUCAAGCAACAACACUAACAGUUCGUGCUAUUGUUCCAGGGACUAUGGGUGUACGAGUGGUGGAUUGUGCUGCACUCGACGGACUUGGUGAUUCAACGCAGCAGUUGUUGGAUGAUCGAGGGUGUCCAGUUGAUGAGCAAGUAAUGCCAGCUUUAAAUAUACGUUUUAGGCCGGCCGAAGAAGGAUGGUCUAAGCCACAUGAAGAUGAUUUUGUUGAAAAAUUAUUCACUGCCACUUUUCCUGCCUUCAAGUUUCCAGAUCGCGAACGAUUGCAUGUUAGCUGUGGAGUUCAAUUGUGCAAAGGAAAGUGUCCAAAUGUUGAUUGUCGAAAAGGUGGCAAAUUAAUACUUGCAUCGGAUAAAAAUUUAGCUCGAAUAGAAGUCUUUAAUUCAUUGGCAGUUACAGCACCACAAAUUGAAGUAGAUAGACUGAGAUUUGAUCGACGACAUAAUAUGAGUGGUCUUCUUAGACGUUGUUUUCAAUGCAGAUCAAGAGGAGAUUUAGGUAGCUGCAAGGAUCCAUACAGUUUCAAUGCCACAGAUGCAGAAAACGAACCAGGUAUAUCAGUGAUACCUUGUGCGUCAGGAUGGUGCGGAAAAGUGAUCGAAGGCGGAGGAGCCUAUGCGGUUGAUGAUUACGAUAAGGCACAUCAAAGAAUGUGUGUUCAACGUGGUCCUGACGAUAGUGAAGAUCGUUGUGCUUAUACAGUUUACAAUUACAAAAAAGUCUAUAUGUGCUUCUGCCAAGGAGAUCUUUGCAAUUCAUCGAACAGAAUCUCAUCUACCAAAACGCUUGGACUAGUGUUUAUAACAACAUUAUUUGGCUGCUAUCUAAUAAAAACAUUAUUCUCCUCUUAAUAUUUUUAUAUAUAUUUUUUAUUUUUUUUUUAUAUUUUACAUUAUAUAUGUAAGUAACUUAAUUUUUAAUAAAUGCAUAAAUAUGAUAAAUUUUCGACUUGCAUAAAG